UACGACUCCCGUUACCGUACCAACCUGUGGCUGCCCACAAAAGAGGUGUCUGGCUUGGACUCAGAACAGGUGCGGGCCUUCCGCUUGGCAUUGCUCCACUUCCUGGACUUCCGACAGAAACAAGGCUUUGCCCGCCUGGCCCGGUUGCAGCGGGAGCGGGCCGCUUUGCCCAUUGCCCGUUACAAGGACCGGUUGCUGAAGGCAGUGGCCAGUAGCCAGGUGGUGGUGGUGGCUGGGGACACCGGCUGCGGCAAAUCCACCCAAGUGCCACAGUACCUUCUGGAUGCCGGUUAUGCCCAUGUGGCCUGCACUCAGCCACGGCGCAUUGCCUGCAUUGCUUUGGCUAAGCGGGUGGCGUAUGAGAGCCUGCAGCAAUAUGGAGACCAG